AUGAAAACAACUAUGGCUGCCUCCUGCUCGUUGGUGUGUUGUGGAGAGGAGAGAGAGUCCGACAAAGCUGUUAUUGUACGCUUUUCAAACGGAAGCGUAAAAAAUGGAGACAGGCUGGAUUUCACGAUGUACAAAAACGCAGAUGAGAGUAACCCUAGGAAAAAGAGCCGACGGAUUUUGGUUGCUGAAUCAGAAAGACUUUCCUAUGUUGGAAAUAAUUUUGGAGCGGGGUCCUUGAAAUGCAACAACUUUUGCAAAUAUUAUGUAGGCGUUCUGAACAAGCAGACCAUGCAAAUGGAGGUGCACAGUGCUCAGCUCUUCAACAUGCAACCUGUUAUACCAGCAGACACAACAGAGACUGCAAAACCCCAGGACACUACUCUGACCUACAGAGACAAGGUUGACUCUCUGAUUGAGGCGUUUGGUACCAACAAACAGAAGAGAGCUCUGAGCUCCCGCAGGCUGAAUCAGGUGGGCAGUGAUACCCUGCAUCAAGCAGUGGCUAAGGCUGCCAACACUGUGAUCGACCAGAAGGGUCUAGAAGCUCUACAACAGGAAGUGGCUGAGACAGAGUCCCAGGGAGACCUGGCUCUCCACUUGCCCCCCUGCAAUGCAGACGCCGACAGACCUGACAACGUCUACCUGUUUGACGAUCUCAUUAGUCCAGCCGAGUUUGGGGCUUUGGAGCAGGCUGGUUCCAAGAUGGCAGCACUCACCACUGAGGAGCUGCAGAAGAUGAGAGAUGACGGAGGGAGCCUGUGUGUCGUGAAGCACCUGGAGAACAUGGCAACUGUAGGCGAAGCCAGAGAUAAAAGGGCGCGCUGUAUCUUCUACCUCUCUCUGCUUCUCAAACUGGCACGGCAGAAAAGCGUCACCCGCAAGUUUGGCCAGGAGGAAGGCUGUCCUCGUAUCAUUCAGAGCAAACUAUUGAGAACAUUUACUGUGGAGACUUUCAACAAUGGCAGGGUCCAGAACAUGGUUUCUUCCUCAAUGCGUGCCAAAUUAGCAGCUUACUCCUUGGCCCUGCUGCUUCAUAUGGGUCACAUGACUGCUGACCUCACAUUACUUCACCGUGACCUGGCAAUCACAGAGGCCAGGAUGAUUGAAGUAGCAAAGUCAAUGGGACUGACUUUAACUAAACCGGCCCGGGGAAAGUCUGACGAGGCUGGACUGCGAGACGACCACAGGCAGGCCUCUCUAGUCCUACCUCUGGUCAAAUAUGAUCAGUUCAUGGAGAGACGGAAACGCAAGAAAAUGCACUGAAGAUCGAGAUGAGACAAGAAGUUGGAUAGAGAGGAAGUACUAAAAGAAUUGGAAAUGCCACAAACAAGAUCUGUUUAUUAAUGCAUUUUGUAGACAAAUAAAGUGGUGAACUUUGA